GCCAUCGGGGCGCACUGGACUGUGGACAGGAUUUUUCAAAGACAAAACAUCCAGGGAAAAAGCAAAGUAGUAUCAAAGUUGCUACCUUUAACAGUUUAGUGACUUUAGCAAUGUGCUGAUGCGUUUAUCCUGCACGUAUCAACGUGGCGUAAAAGUAUAACCCGACCAGCGCCGUGCGUAAAAGUUUAUUUUUCCGUUGGAGACCAUGCGCAGCUUCUCGGAGCCGUGCGUCCCAGGUGGGGUACCGCAAGCCUUUCCAGCAAGAGUCGGAGAUGCGCCCCUUCGCGGGACUGUCCUGACCAGACCCCCGCUGUUGCCGGCCAUGGCUUUAUCCUCCGGAGGAUCAGCAGAUCCCAGUUUGGAUCCGAUGAUUCACAUGUCGCCGCCUGGGCAGUCUGCGAUUUUGUGUCGGCCUCUGGAGGGAGGGGAAAUGGCAGAUGAUGAGCCUAAAGUUUAUUUAGAAGCAAGCGACCUUUGGAAACAGUUCCACAAAUGUGGCACUGAAAUGGUCAUUACAAAAUCUGGGAGGCGCAUGUUUCCGCCGCUCAAGGCCAGGUGCACCGGGAUGGACAGAAAAGCCAAAUACAUUUUUCUGAUGGACAUCGUGGCGGCUGAUGACUGCAGGUAUAAGUUUCAUAACUCCCGCUGGAUGGUGGCGGGGAAGGCGGACCCGGAGAUGCCCAAACGCAUGUACAUCCACCCGGACAGUCCGGCCACGGGCGAGCAGUGGAUGUCUAAAGUGGUCAACUUCCACAAACUGAAACUGACCAACAACAUAUCUGACAAACAUGGAUUUACAAUUCUCAACUCCAUGCACAAAUACCAGCCGAGAUUUCAUAUAGUGAAGGUGAAUGACAUCCUCAAACUGCCUUACAGCACCUUUAGGACGUACAUCUUUUCUGUGACAGAGUUCAUCGCAGUAACAGCUUAUCAGAAUGAUAAGAUCACACAGCUGAAAAUAGACAACAAUCCCUUUGCGAAGGGAUUCCGAGACGUGGGCAACGGAAGACGAGAAAAGAGGCGAGUUAAUCACUUCAGUUAUUGA